UCAGAAGUAACUUUAAGUCUUCAAGGCUAACAAUCCUUGAUAUGCCUGUCCUCUGUCUAAUCCCCUUUUAGAGUCAUCUAUGUUAGUGGCCAUCAGCACAUCUUGUGGUAACAAAUUUCAGAGGUUAAUUAACGUGCUGUGUGAAGAAAAAGCAUUUUCAGAAAUCUUCGAAAAAAUGCCAUGCCAUAACAAAGUCCAUAGAUUUUCCAGUAUCUAGACAGACUGCACUUAGAAGCUUUCUGAUAUCAGAGCUAUUCCAUCUUUGAUUCUGUACUCUCCAUGCAGAACUGCUUUGUAACCUGUACUUCCUCUGACAUGCAAUGUAUUCCCUCCUCAUUCAGAGGGAGAUCUCUGUAGUAUUCUGCAGAUCUGUGACACCCAAAUUUAUACUUUAAAGAUAUACAAGCCUCAGAGUUUUUCUAUAAUGUUUGUUGUUGCUUCUUUCUGGCAGACUCUCCCUAAGAUUCUGAGCCAGACAGCCCCAGCAUUCUGUAUGAACAGCUGCAGUUUUGUCGUGGAAAAAUCAAAGGAAUCUACGGCACGCGUUGUAGUGUGGAGAGAGAUAGGUGUUCAAAGAAGUUACACCAUGGAAAGCACAUUGUGUGGAUGUGAUCAAGGGAAAUACAAGGGCUUACAAAUUGGGACACGUGAGUUGGAAGAGAUGGGAACCAAAUUCUGUACUGGUUUAUUGCGUUUGAAAAAGUUGACGUCACCACUGGAAUAUAAUCUGCCAUCUACUCUUUUGGACAUUGAAAAUGAAUUGAUUGAAUCUAGUUGCAAAGUGACAAGCCCCACUACUUAUGUUCUAGAAGAAGAUGAACCUCGCUUCCUUGAAGAAGUGGACUAUAGUGCUGAGAGCAAUGAAGAGCCAGAUAUUGACUUGGCAAAUAAUGCUGGAGACUAUGAGCCCUGUCUUCAAGAAGAUGGACUCUCUGACUCUGAAAUUACGAGGACACAUUUGCCUUGAGACAUUCUUGGUACAUGAAGGAACAAACUACUGUGGCUUAUUUAAAAGGAACACGGUGGGUUAUUUCAUCUUGGGGUUUUGCUAAAGCAGAUAAACUGCAGUCAACUCAGUUUGAAAACAAUAAAUUCUUCUGACUUUUAAAAUAAUUGGCAUUUGUUUUAUUUGAGCAAUUUAAUUUUUAUUUUAGCAUUGAAAUUAAUUUGUCCCUGAAUGCCUGUACUUAACAAUGCAUAGCUUUUUGCUUUCGUCCAUAUAAUCAGUCAAAUAAAAGAAGUAAUUUCUAAGAUGUAAUUGGCAAAUAAAUCUGAGAGUAGGCGUUAACCUUAUUCUUGUAUCACCGAAUGUUGGGCUAGUUAUUAAAAUUUACAUAUAGUUUUAUUGGAAAGGUUUUGCAUUUGUGUGCAGGGUUUUAAUUCUGUUUUUUGGUUUUGUUUUGUUUUUGUUUGGUGUAACACAAGGAUUUCUCUGAAUUAAUUUACUUUGUACUGAACAGAUGAAAACUCAGUGUUCUCAAUGAUACAUAUUUUAAGCCUUAGAUUACAUUGACUGGUUUUGCUACAGCCUUAAUUUAAAAUUGGCAACAUCCACAUUUAUAGUUAAGGAAAGAACUAUAGCUGCAGAAAGAUUUUAUUUACCAGGUAAACAUUUUGAGAGUGGACAGUCUUAUAUUCAACUGCACUUGCAACUUUUUGUCUUUAGUCCCCUAGUAUAGUUUUACAUGUCAUAAUAUUUCUCCAUGUGAAAGCACUCCACAAAAACACAGGAGAGAGAAUUAGACAUGGAUCUUCCCUUCCUGAAAUGCAGGAGUCCCCCCCCCCCGUGUGAGGAGAGUCAGUUAUGUAACUAUCAACCUACAUUUUAAGGUGGUGUCAUCCAUCAGCUUUUCGUGAAAAAAUAAGCCUCGUGUAUCCAGGCUGACUAUAAAGUAUAUAUUUGUGUUAACAUUUAUUACUUAAAACUUAUAACCAAAUACUUUCUGAUGUUCAUAUAAAGCUUGGAGAAAAUAGGUGUCCUUUGUAAGCAUAACAAUUUAAUUGUAUGUAUAUUUCGUGAUACGAAUUCUAGAUCCCUUUUCAUAUUUAAUAUAGCCAAUAUGAGCUCAGAGUGCUCUGGAUACAAAGCAUAUAAUACCUUUAUAUAUAUUAUUGUGGAAGAAUAAUGGUCUCCAUUUGGGUAGAAGUUGCUUUGUAGUCUCUUGAACUGUGUAAUCCAGAGAAAAGUUAAGCAUGCUGAAUUCUAAUUUUAAAAUAUCUAAGCACAUAGAACCUAUGAAUAUUACAUUUUUCAACUGUCUGAUGUCUGCUUUAUCUCCCUACCUGCUGUUCCCCUAUCUUUUUUUUAAUAUUUAAAAUGAAAGCUGAUAUGACAUUAGAACUAAUAUCAGAGUAUUGAAGGCCAGAUCUUUGUAAUAUUAGCCAAUCUAUUUCCUGGAAUAAAUCCACACUCCCCUUUUUGUUUCCUUUUGUUGGUGCUUAUGCUAGAGGGGAUGGUCUGUAUUUUUCUUAACUAAAACAACUUGCUUCUGUAAAGGGAGAUUAUUUUAUCACUGUCCCCUCAUUGCCAAAGGAAGCCAUUAAAAAUAGAAUCAAAUCAGUUUAAAGAGAUCUAUGUUUAGUCUUCUGAGUUCCCACCUCCCAUCCAAACUAGACAUAUUUCACAGUUAAUUAAAAUUAAUACAGGAAGUAUCCAAACGUAGAUGGAAAUAUAUUCAUUGAUUUUUUUUAAAAAAAAAAAUUAAUCCAAUCCAGAACUUUGCUACUACAUAAGACUGCUAAGAGUUCCAUCUACAAGGAAAAUGCAGUCAUGCUUUUGAGUGAGACAAAAGGAUUCAUGUUUCAGGUUUUCUGGAAUUAAAAUAAAGAGAUGCCUUCUAGCCAUAGUAGUAUCUUAGAAACAACAGAAAGCCUAGAUUGGCAGUUAAAUUUUGGAUUAGAUUAUAAAGGGAUGCUGUUAUCAAAUCAGAUGUAUUCAAGAACUGAUCCUAUGUGUAUUUGUUCUUUGCUUUGUUGUAAAGAAUUUACUGUGCAGUAAGGAAACAAAUGGAUAACUAAUAUUGAUAUAACAAGUUGUAUUAAUUUUUCCAUCCUCUUAACGGAAACAGAUCAAAGAGUCUUGUAGCUAAUCUUUUGAACUUUAUGAAUAUUUUCCUAUAUUUUUAAAUCUUUGAAUAUAUUUUCAUAUAAUUUUGUUUUUACAAGAUGAUUUUUGAUGCAAAUAUGAUAUGAAACACCACAGAUAUUAAAAUAUAUACAUUUGAGUUGUACUUUGUCAGCUUCUGGGACUUUCAUACAUGGACAAAGAAAAUUAUGUAUCUGUAAUGCUUAUUUUUUUUAAUGAAAUCUUCCUUUUUAAAUAUUGUACUGUAUCUCACAGACAAAAGUUGUAUCAACUAUCAGAUAUCAGUUAUAUGUGGAAUAUUAUUUUAGUCAUAACUUAAUGAUAACAAAGGCUCAGAUUAGAAUAGGAAAUAUCGCACAAUUUGUAUAAAAGCCAGAAAGCCCAGGCUUUAAUAUAAGAAUUCAUUGUAAUCCUUUAAUUAUAAAUUGUGGCAAUAUUAUAGUGUAUGACUACUUCCCAGAUAGAAAAAUUAUCAAGUAAAUGUAUAAUAAAAUAAUUAUCACCA